AUGGAUUCAUUGGCAAGUACCUCAAAUUUUAAUUUAAAUGAUAAUAAUGAUUGUAAAUGUAUUAUUGAACAAUUGUUACAAAAAUCUUUUGGAACUUACUCAUUUUCUGAAAAACAAAAUAUUAUAAAUAAGGGAAGACCUACUCCAAAACUUCAAAAUUUAAAAUCAAAAAAUAAAAAAACUUUUCGAUAUUUUAAUUCAUCCUAUUACGAUUCAAAUAAAUGGUUAUCUGGUUGUGAAAAAUCUCAAAAACUUUACUGUUGGCCUUGUAUUUUAUUUUCACGUGAAUCGAACGUUUGGUCAAAACUUGGUUUUGUUGAUUUAAAUAACUAUCAUAAUUUGAAACAUCGUCAUGAAACAAAUCGUUCGCAUAUUGAAUGUUUAAUCACUUUAAAAAAAUUUGAUAAUGUUAGAAUCGAAACAUGUCUAAAUAGUGAAGCUUAUAAAAUAAGUAUUGAAAAACAUAACGAAACAAUAAAAAAUAAUCGUUAUGUUGUUAGCCGAUUAAUUGAUGCAACAUGUUAUUUGGCCAAACAAGAGCUUCCGUUUCAUGGACACGAUGAACAAAUAACCUCAACAAAUCGGGGUAAUUACGUAGAAUUAAUUAAUUUGAUGAGGACACUUGAUCUCAAAUUAAGCGGACAUCUUUCGACCGCCACUGUUUUUUCUGGUCUUUCUGGAGAUAUACAAAACGAUCUUAUACAAUCAAUUUCUAAUGUUCUAAUGAAAAAAGUUACAUUAGAAAUAAAAAAUGUUGAUUUUGUUUCGAUAAUUAUGGACGAAACCACCGAUGUCGUAUCGAAAUCUCAAUUAUCAAUAAUUUUUCGAUAUAUUACCCAUGAAGGGGUACAGGAAAGAUUUUUGGGAUUUGUAGACGUCAGUCAAGAUCGAUCUGCGAAAUGCUUAGCUGAACAUACUUUUAAUAUUUUACAAGAAUAUAAUUGUGAAAAUAAAUUAAUAGCACAAACAUAUGACGGGGCCACCGUCAUGUCUGGGCAACAUAAUGGUCUGCAGGCGCUUGUUCGAUUGAAAUGCAAAAAUGCAAUGUUUGUACAUUGUUAUGCUCACAAACUUAAUUUAAUAUUAAAACAGUCUGUUGAUCACAUAAAAGAAUGUAAAGUAUUUUUUCUCACACUUUUUGGAAUUUCAUCUUUUUUUUCAAAAUCUACAAAAAGAAUUUAUGCACUUGAACAAGAAGUAAAAAAAAGAUUUCCAUCUGUCGCCCCAACUAGGUGGAAUUAUAACAGUGGACUCGUUGAAAUGAUGUCCGAGUAUAAACAAGAAGUAUUAAACCUCAUGGACACAAUUAUAGAAAAUGGAGAAAAGUGGGACAGUGAAACACUAUCGUGUGCUAGAGGAUUUUUCCAAACGAUUCAAGAUUUUGAUUUUAAUUUUUUCCUUUUAAUAUUUGGUGAUAUUUUACCUCAAGCAACUGUUCUGCUUAAUAUAUUGCGAACAAAAAUAUUUGAUGUUACUUAUUGUAAUACAAAAAUUUUAGAUUUUGUCAAUCACUUAAAAAAUAUGAGAAAUAAUUUCGAUCAAAUUUGGUCCAAAUCUGAACAGUAUUUAAAUACAGAAAUGCCAUUAAGAUCAAAAAGACUAAGAAUAACUGAAGUUUCUGAAGACAAAAUAACCAAUUACCGAAGACUAUUUUUUGAAAUCAUUGAUGUAUUGGUAACAACAAUUAAUGAGAGAUUUUCUGAAAUUUCUAAAUUACAAUUUUUUUCAUUAUUGGAUUUUUCAAAAUUUGAUCAGUUUGUUAAUCAGUUUCCAACAAAUUCUAUGGACUCACUGAAAAAUUCGUAUGGUGAAUAUUUUGAUUUUUCUAUACUUAAAAGUGAAUUAACUAUUGUGUAUUCAUCAACCGAAUUUCAUAAAAGAAAUAUUAACGAACUUUGGUUAUAUCUUAAAUCAACUGAACUAUCUGAAAGUUUACCUCAAGUUACGAAAUUAUCAUCUUUAAUUUUAACAAUUCCAGCAACAAGUGCAGGUGCUGAACGUUCAUUUUCGACAUUGAAAAGGAUACAUACAUAUUUAAGAAACUCUCAAUCACAAAAUAGACUAUCAGCGUUGUCAAUUUUAUCUAUUGAAAAACAAUUACUAACCCAAAUUCAAAAGGAAAACAGUUUUUAUGAUGAAGUUAUUGAAGACUACUCAAAAAAACCAAGACGAAUAAAUUUAUGUUUUAAAUAA